AUGAAGCAGCGAUAUUCGUCCCUCGACGUCAAGGUCAUUGCCGCUGAACUCGCCUCCACACUCAUCACACUACGAAUAUCAAACAUCUACGACCUCUCAAGUCGAAUCUUCCUCUUGAAAUUCGCCAAACCAGGCAAGCGGGAACAAUUACUCGUUGAUUCCGGCUUCCGCUGCCAUCUGACCUCCUUCUCCCGCACUGCCGCCACUGCACCCUCUGUAUUUGUCAGUCGAUUGCGGAAAUAUCUCAAGAGCAGACGGGUCACAAGUGUCUCCCAGAUUGGCACAGAUCGGGUUAUUGAGAUCAGUUUCAGUGACGGGCAAUAUCGGUUAUACCUGGAGUUUUUCGCAGCUGGAAAUGUCAUUCUCACCGAUGCCGAUCUAAAUGUCUUGGUCCUUCUCCGCCAGGUUUCAGAGGGUGAUGAAGAUGUUGACGUCAAGCUGGGUGGAAAAUAUAUCCUUGACGCCAAGCAGAAUUACCAUGGUGUACCUCCCAUUACCAGAGACCGCGUCAAGGAGGCGCUACAAGCGGCCGUUGAAAGAGCAAAGGCUGCUUCUGAGGUUGGCGGGAAGAAGGCGAAGCGAGCGAAGGGAGCAGACGACCUGAAGAAAGCUUUAAGUAUCGCUUUCCCUGAGUUUCCUGUUCAUCUGUUGGAUCACGUCUUCCGAGAAUCGGGGAUUGAUGUGGCAACCAAAGCAGACGCGGCUCUUGAGAAUAGCGACAUAUUCGAGACAGUUAUCACGGCACUGGAACGAGCGGGAGAAAUUUUCAAAUCAUUUGAAGGUGCCCAGUCAAAGGGCUACAUUAUUGCGAAAGUAAAGUCCACACAAGUUGAGGAGCCUAGUGCCGCAGAGUCUAAAGACUCUAGUCGAGAAGGAAUUCUUUACGAUGAUUAUCACCCGUUCAGACCAGCUCAGUUCGAAAACAAGCCUGACCUGCGCAUUCUUGAAUUCGACGGCUUCAACAAGACCGUGGAUGAGUUCUACUCCUCAAUUGAGUCUCAAAAGCUGGAAUCAAAGCUCACUGAGCGCGAAGAGACGGCUAGGCGGAAGUUGGAAGCUACCAAAGCCGACCAUGCAAAGCGACUGGGUGCACUCCAACAGGUGCAAGAAUUACAUAUUCGAAAAGCGCAAACGAUAGAAGCAAACACCCACCGAGUGGAAGAAGCCUGUGCCGCAGUCAACGGACUGGUUGGACAAGGUAUGGACUGGGUGGACAUCGGAAAGUUGAUCGAAAACGAGCAGAAGCGAGGAAAUGUGGUUGCUCAAAUGGUCAAUUUGCCGCUGAAACUUGAGGAGAAUACGGUCACUCUUCUUCUCGACGAGCCUGGAGUUGAAGAGGAUGAAGAGAGUGAUGAAGAAGAUAGGACUGAUGACGAAGCGGACUCUGACGAAGAAGUCAGCAAAGCUGCUGCCAAAUCUACGUCCAAGCCUACAGAAAAACGGCUUGCAAUCGAUAUCGACCUAGCAUUGUCUCCCUGGGCAAAUGCAAGGCAGUAUUAUGAGCAGAAGAAGACAGCUGCUGUGAAAGAGCAGAAGACAAUACAAUCGUCAACUAAAGCGCUUCAAUCCGCCGAGAAAAAGAUUGAGGCCGAUCUGAAGAAGGGGCUCAAACAAGAAAAGGCGACACUUCGACCAGCCAGAAAGCAAUUUUGGUUUGAAAAAUUUCUGUACUUCCUUUCCAGUGAUGGCUAUCUAGUCAUAGGAGGGAAAGAUGCACAGCAAAACGAAUUACUCUAUCGCAGAUACCUGAAGAAAGGAGACAUCUACGUCCACGCUGAUCUUCAAGGUGCUGCCAGUGUUAUUGUCAAAAACAAUCCAAGAACGCCUGAUGCACCAAUACCACCAUCUACGUUGUCACAGGCUGGUGCCUUGACCGUUUGCACGAGUAGCGCCUGGGAAUCCAAAGCUGUGAUGGGAGCAUGGUGGGUCAAUGCAGAGCAAGUGAGCAAAACUGCCCCGACAGGUGAAUAUCUUACUACCGGAGGAUUUGUUAUUCGAGGCCACAAGAAUCUCUUACCACCUACCCAACUACUUCUAGGGUUUGGUGUGCUGUGGUUGAUCAGCGACGAGAGCAGAGCGAACCAUGGUAAGCACCGAUUGGAACGAACAGAAAGCAUGCUUUCAGGAGAAGCUGAGGCUUUGGAAAGAGACGCACAAGGUUUAGCGAUUGACGAUCAGGAUCUGUCACAAGAGGAAGAGGAUGCCUUAUCCGUACGGGAGCAAGCCAUUCCAGACCUCGAAGAUGCGGCGAAGGAUGCCGAAGAAGAGAUAGAUGAGGAUGACCAGGUUGCAGACACUGCCGGAGGUGUUCCGCUCGGCGAGUAUGAAAAGGAUGACGAUGACGACAACGCCUCGACGAAUGCAUCUGAAGCAGGUGAUGAUUACCACUCGAAUCCGUUGCAGACAGUUGGGAAAGACAAGAGCGCUGAUGAUGCAGAGAAGGCUGACAUCAAGAUCGAAGCUCAAUCUGAACAUGAUAGCGAUGAGGAGGAGGAAGGACCAGAGACCUCGACCUCUACCCCUGGCGAAUCUUCAACCCCAGCCUCAUCCAGCGCCAACACAAAGCCUGGUCCAAAACAGCAACAAUUGUCCCGCGGGAAACGAACGAAAGCAAAACGAGCCCAGAAGAAGUAUGCUGAGCAGGAUGAAGAAGACCGCGCGCUCGCCAUGCAGCUUCUUGGCUCAAACCGAGCAGUUGAACGCAAAGCUGAAGCCGAGAUAGACAAAGCAGCUCGUGACGCCAAACUCCAAGCUGACAAGGAACGUCGCAAAGCUCAACAUGCCAAAGCUGCGGAGAAGGAGCGUCUCCGGCGUGAGAGACUUGAAAAAGCUGCUGCUGAAGGUCAUACAGGCGCCGAUGCCGCAGCUUUAGAUGAAGAUGACGAGCUCAGCAAAGAACAACUUGAACAGGAACGAAGAGAAUUACUCGACAUCGACCGACUUGUUGCCCUACCUGAACCCGGCGAUGAACUUAUCGCAGCUAUUCCAGUAGUCGCACCCUGGACUGCCCUUGCCCGCCAGAAAUACAAGGUCAAGCUACAGCCUGGAGCAGUGAAGAAGGGGAAAGUCGUGCGUGAGAUCCUCGGCUUCUGGGGUAGUCUCACGACGAGAGGACCCAAAGUCGUCGACGAGAAUAGUCGUGAGAAGGAGAAGGUGUGGAGACGCGAGUUGGACUUGUUGAAGGACUGGAGAGUCGAAGAGAUAGUGGGUUAUGUUCCUGUCAAGGGAGCGAGGAUCGUUCAGGGUGGUGGUGCUGGGGCUACUGCCAGUAAUGCGAAGGGCAAGGCUGGUGGUGGUAGUAAGGGAAAGGGGAAGAGUGGUGGAGGGAGAAAGGGGAGAUAG